AUGAACACAGAGGAUGCUGGCAAUGGGAGCUCUCCCACUCCACCUCUCCUUGGGCUUCUGGUUUCAACCACCAAGCUGGUCCCACCCAGUCCUGCAUCACCCGAGAAGGCAGACCCACUGUCUGUCACCAUCACGCUUGUCUGCAUCUUCCUCCUCCUGGCAACCUUCCUCAUCAUUUUGACGCUCUGCAAGCCAGCAGCGCUGGACCAGUCCUGUUCAGAGCCCCGCGAAUGCAUGCCCCAUCACCCGGCAGAUGCCAGCGAGCCCCAGCUGAGGCUCUGGAAGCGUUUAGGCUCCCUGCGCUGCUCCAUCAACACCUUCAGGAGGAGUCGGCCAAUGUCCCACAGCCAGCUUGCCUGCCCCAGGAGUUCCCUCACCAGCCAGGACUGGGAUGUCAUGGAGUCCACCAAAAUGCGAUCCUGCUCUGCGGGAACUAACUCACCCUGCACUGCUAUUCUUUCCCAAGCUUUUGGUUCAGGCUCAGUUCUCUCCUCAAGCAGCCCCUGGUAUCCCGGCCAUCCUGGCAGGGCCCCUUUGAGCAGCUCAUUUCCAGGCAGUGGCUCUGCAAGGUGA